UUAACCCGUAACUCCUUCUAUUGAACACUGUUAAUCUUGGUUGACAACUGUACGUCUGUAUGUCUGUUUCUCCCAGACAGAAAAAUGAGCCACCAUUAGUCAAAGGCUUUAUUCCAUGGCUGGGUCAUGCCCUGGAGUUUGGAAAAGAUGCUGCAAAGUUCCUAACACGUAUGAAACAAAAACAUGGUGACAUUUUUACAGUAGGAAUUCUCUAUACAUUUUUGUGUACAGGUACCUGUGUACCUCAUCAAUCUUCAACAUCUUUAUGUCUUUGUUACUGACAUAGAAAGGGUUGCUGUGAACCUGUAGAAGUUAUUUGACUUUCAAACGCUUCUUUCGUCUUUAUGGCAUCUAGAGCUAUGUGCAUCUCCAAUUCACAUUGCUUUUGCUUUCACAAACAAUACUAUUGUAAUAUGUAGGGUGACUGUGACAGUCAUGCAUAGACAUGGCCAUGAUUUUAACGUUUGAAAUUAUGUCUUCCAGGUGCGUGUUUGUGGUCAUUACAUCACUGUAUUGCUGGACCCUAACUCCUAUGACGUGGUCCUCGAUGACACGGUCUCUCUGGACUUCAGACAAUACGCCCAGGUCCUGAAGCAGAGGAUCUUCAACCUGAGACUACCCAAUCACAACCCAGACACAGAGAGGGCCUGGAUGGAACAGUACGUAUUCUAGACCUGUAUGCACAUGACCUCACACCUGACCUCACACCUAUCCACACACCUGUCCACACACCGUAACUGAAUACAGCUGCAUCUGCAGUUCCCUGUCAAGGACAAUAGUUUCUAUUCUAUUUUAUUAUAUUCUAAUAAGACAUUCUUAUCCAACAGAAGACUACAUGCACAUCUAUCUAAUUCCCUCUGUGUUAACAUGCAGUAGCAAUAAUCUGUCCUCUCCAUCAUAUCCCUGUCCAGACACUUCCAGGGCCCCAGCCUGGCCAGACUGAGCAGCAGCAUGCACCUCCACCUCCAGACCCUGCUAAGGGAAGAGGAGAGGAGCUGUAGCCAAGCAGAGUGGAGGCAGGACGGCCUCUUCAGCCUCUGUUACAGCCUGCUCUUCAGGUAAAAACCAGAACUAAAUUCUGUCUGUGCUGGCCAGCUACUGUACAUGUGUUAACAGUCAUCCUGCUCUUCAGGUAACAUCAGACAUUUCUCAGGGUCACUGGCCCGGGGGUUAAUUUAGGGUCAAAUUAGAAUAUCAUGCUUGGACCAAAUUGCAUAACUCUUACACACAAGAGUUAAGACCUACUCUUACACAAGAGUUACACUUAUUUCUGUCUUUAUAGGGCUGGGUAUCUCACACUGUUUGGUACAGAGAAAAGCAACAACGUCACUGAACUUGCUGCUGUCUACAAAGAGUUCCGCAUGUUCGAUGGUCUUCUCACAAAACUGGCACGUUCAACCCUUAAGCAAGGUACAUAAUACAAAGUUGAAUCUAAUGUACAGUAUGUAGUCAUACAUCACUCAUAUGAAUACAGUAUUUAUCUAUUCAUACACACAUUUUCUCUGUAUCUGUCUCUCUGUACCUGUCUCUCUGUCUGCCUGUUUCUCUGUGUAUCUGUCUCUGUUUACCUGUCUCUCUGUCUGCCUGUAUAUCUGUUUACCUGUCUCUGUUCACAUGUCUCUCUGCCUGCCUGUCUCUCUGUGUACCUGUCUCUCUGUCUGCCCGUCUCUCUGCCUGCCUGUCUCUCUGUCUGCCCGUUUCUCUGUCUGCUUGUUUCUCUGUGUGUGAUCUGGCCUCUCUAACCUGUCUCUUUCUCUAUGUUGAUAGAGGAGAAGAGGACAGCAUGCCUGUCCCCGGAGCGACUGUGGAAGCUGUUGUCCCCAGCCUGGCUGAGCAGAGGAAAAGGGUCUGAGAGCAGAGAUCAUGGGUCAGAGAGCAGCUCCUGGCAGCAGAGUUACCUCAGCCAUUUACAGAGGGAAGGAGUGGACACAGAGAUGCAGAGACGAGCCAUGCUGCUUCAGCUCUGGGCCACCCAGGUGAGUGGGAAAGACAAGAACACACAUGCAUGCGCACUGACGCAAGAGCAUGACUCACACACACACACAAACACACACACACACACACACACACACACACACACACACAACACACACACACAGACAGAACAGACUAAUCCUUUCCCACAGUGUCCUGCCACACCCCGAUGACCAAAUACAUCUCUUCCUGUGCCCUCUUUGCUACCUGUGGUCCUGGCAUGAAUAAGUUUGCAGGUUUGUUCUCUUCCUGUGCCCUCUUUGCUACCUGUGGUCCUGGCAUGAAUAAGUUCGCAGGUUUGUUCUCGUGCUGUGCCCUCUUUGCUACCUGUGGUCCUGGCAUGAAUAAGUUCGCAGGUUUGUUCUCUUCCUGUGCCCUCUUUGCUACCUGUGGUCCUGGCAUGAAUAAGUUCGCAGGUUUGUUCUCUUCCUGUGCCCUCUUUGCUACCUGUGGUCCUGGCAUGAAUAAGUUCGCAGGUUUGUUCUCUUCCUGUGCCCUCUUUGCUACCUGUGGUCCUGGCAUGAAUAAGUUCGCAGGUUUGUUCUCUUCCUGUGCCCUCUUUGCUACCUGUGGUCCUGGCAUGAAUAAGUUCGCAGGUUUGUUCUCUUCCUGUGCCCUCUUUGCUACCUGUGGUCCUGGCAUGAAUAAGUUCGCAGGUUUGUUCUCUUCCUGUGCCCUCUUUGCUACCUGUGGUCCUGGCAUGAAUAAGUUCGCAGGUUUGUUCUCUUCCUGUGCCCUCUUUGCUACCUGUGGUCCUGGCAUGAAUAAGUUCGCAGGUUUGUUCUCUUCCUGUGCCCUCUUUGCUACCUGUGGUCCUGGCAUGAAUAAGUUCGCAGGUUUGUUCUCUUCCUGUGCCCUCUUUGCUACCUGUGGUCCUGGCAUGAAUAAGUUCGCAGGUUUGUUCUCUUCCUGUGCCCUCUUUGCUACCUGUGGUCCUGGCAUGAAUAAGUUCACAGGUUUGUUCUCUUCAUGUGCCCUCUUUGCUACCUGUGGUCCUGGCAUGAAUAAGUUCGCAGGUUUGUUCUCUCCCAAUGACUCGUAACUUCCAUGUCAGCACAAUUGACUCAUGAUGUCAUUAUGUGAGAAGUAAUGAGUGACAAGUGUUCCACUUAAUGUGUUUCCAUGGCACCUGUUUGGAGUUCUGUGUUGUCCUAAACAAUGGGUCCACACAUUCCAGAACAGCACAGAUCACACCCCUCUGUGGAAAAAGGAAGAGUUGGCAGGUCACCCAAACCAAACUGUUUAAUUUCAAACAGAAAUGGCCAAAUGUGCCAGAAUACAUCUGAGGCAUCAGAAUGUGUUCUCAAAUUUAGAUCAAGCGUUAGGCCUUGUGUGCAAAUUGUAGGACAAUUUAGAGGUAUCAUCUGUAAAUGUUGAUGGUCAAAAUCCAAUAUAGAAGGAUAUUAUCUAUAGGCCUUAAAGGGUGUUUCAAAUUCCCGGAGGUGGAGUGACUCGUGUCUAGCGUGUAAUCUGUCACAAUGGGUGCCAGAGCAGCGAACAGUUUUGACUGGGCUGAGCGGGAGCUGUGCUUCCGCAGAGGAAGGGGAGCCAGCAGGCCAGAGGUGGAUGAACGCAAUGUCCUCGUUUGGGUGUAGGGACUGAUCAGAGCCUGAAGGUACAGAGGUGCCGUUCCCCUCACUGCUCCAUAGGCAAGCACCAUGGUCUUGUAGCGGAUGCGAGCUUCAACUGGAAGCCAGUGGAGUGUGCGGAGGAGGGGGGUGACGUGAGAGAACUUGGGAAGGUUGAACACCAGACGGGCUGCGGCAUUCUGGAUGAGUUGUAGGGGUUUAAUGGCACAGGCAGGGAGCCCAGCCAACAGCGAGUUGCAGUAGUCCAGACGGGAGAUGACAAGUGCCUGGACCAGGACCUGCGCCGCUUCCUGUGUAAGGCAGGGUCGCACUCUCCGAAUGUUGUAGAGCAUGAACCUGCAGGAGCGGGUCACCGCCUUGAUGUUGGCGGAGAACGACAGGGUGUUGUCCAGGGUCACGCCUAGGCUCUUCGCACUCUGGGAGGAGGACACAGCGGAGUUGUCAACCGUGAUGGCGAGAUCAUGGAACGGGCAGUCCUUCCCCGGGAGGAAGAGCAGCUCCGUCUUGCCAGGGUUCAGCUUGAGGUGGUGAUCCGUCAUCCAUACUGAUAUGUCUGCCAGACAUGCAGAGAUGCGAUUCGCCACCUGGUUAUCAGAAGGGGGAAAGGAGAAGAUUAGUUGUGUAUCGUCAGCGUAGCAAUGAUAGGAGAGACCAUGUGAGGAUAUGACAGAGCCAAGUGACUUGGUGUAUAGGGAGAAAAGGAGAGGGCCCAGAACCGAUCCCUGGGGGACACCAGUGGUGAAGCACGUGGUGCGGAGACAGCUUCCCGCCACGCCACUUGGUAGGAGCGACCGGUCAGGUAGGACGCAAUCCAGGAGUGAGCCGCGCCGGAGAUGCCCAUCUCGGAGAGGGUGGAGAGGAGGAUCUGAUGGUUCACAGUAUCAAAGGCAGCAGACAGGUCUAGAAGGACAAGAGCAGAGGAGAGAGAGUUAGCUUUAGCAGUGCGGAGAGUCUCCGUGACACAGAGAAGAGCAGUCUCAGUUGAAUGACCAGUCCUGAAACCUGAUUGGUUUGGAUCAAGAAGGUCAUUCUGAGAGAGAUAGCAAGAGAGUUGGCUAAAGACGGCACGCUCAAUAGUUUUGGAAAGAAAAGAAAGAAGGGAUACUGGUCUGUAGUUGUUGACAUCAGUGGGGUCGAGUGUUGGUUUUUUGAGGAGGGGAGCAACUCUCGCUCUCUUGAAGACGGAAGGGACAUGGCCAGCGGUCAAGGAUGAGUUGAUCAGCGAGGUGAGGUAGGGGAGAAGGUCACCGGAGAUGGUCUGGAGAAGGGAGGAGGGGAUGGGGUCAAGCGGGCAGGUUGUUGGGCGGCCUGCAGUCACAAGUCGCAGGAUUUUAUCUGGAGAGAGAGGGGAGAAAGAAGUCAAAGCAUAGGGUAGGGCAGUGUGAGCAGGACCAAAAUAUACAAAUAAUACAAAAUAUAAAAAUGUAUUGCAACAAAGUUAUGAGAGCUUUAUGUUUCUGGCUCUGUAUGUGUUAUUGGGGUGGGGGAUUGGGGUGGAGGCGGUUCCACAGCCUAGUGAAUCUCUGAGCCAGCCUGUCAGUGAGGCUCCAGUCCAGGCCCAGUCCAGGCAGUCCAUAAUGUCCAUCUCCUUCAGGGAGCCUGUGUCAUAUUCAGUCCAUCACACACUUGACUGCUGCCCUGCUGUCAACACAACUACACCAGUACACAGUACACAAAUACACACUCAGAAGAGUUGAGGAGGAGACUAAAUGUCUUACUGUGUACACGUCUACCAGUGAAUUUUCUAUUUGAAUUCAGUUGUUGAAUCUUAAUUUGAUCUUGAUUUGCAGGAAAACACUAUAAAUUGUCAGUAAAAACAUGCUGCAUAUUCAAUGACUAUUUAUACUGUAAGACUCCUACUGUUACCCCUAAAGUAAACUGAGAUGAAGCCUUACAGUUUGUGUAGCCUAGUGUUCAUCAUAUUGGAUCUGUGAUGGGAUAGGCCAGUGAGUCAGCCAGAGAGCCAUUGGACCUGGUCUUUGCCUUGCAUUAGCCCUGGCUGUCAAUGGAUCAGUGAAGACCUGACUUGUGAGAGGGAACGGUGAAGAGAGAGGCUCCCUGAACCAACAGCAAUUAUCAUCUGACUGUUCAGACAGACGUCUCAGCCCUCUGUAGACUCUAACAGCCCUGUCCACACAACCCUGACAGCUCUAAAGGCUCCUCGCUGUCCCUCAGAUCAGAACACUUCUACAGUACACUACAGCAGUACCAUGAAUGAGGUGUGGGAUUAAAAGAAAGAGAGAAUAAAAGACAAGUGAGAAUGAAAAAAAAGGGGGGGGGGGGGGGAGAACAACUUUGUGUAGAUUUAUCUAAACACGCUUUCAUUUUCUCCUUGAAGCUUCUGGCAGUGUGUUCAAACAGUACAGUAUCUGUACUCUGAUUUGCCUGAUUUGGCUAACCUUGUAGUAUAACUGCAUCAUAAUGCUUGGUAAUGGUUUCACUAUCUUUGAUUGGCUCAGAGUAAGUGCUGUGUUGGUUUUGUCUAACCUUAGAGUUAUGCUCUGUAAUACACUUGCUGUUUCUGAACUGACUCUGAGUCUAUGUUGUGUUUUAUUCCAGGGUAACACUGGGCCUGCUGCCUUCUGGCUGCUGGGCUUCCUGCUCACCCACCCCGAGGCCAUGAGAGCAGUGAAGGAGGAGCUCAGAGGCCUGGCUCUGCAGGAGGACUGCUCCCUACAGCACCACCUUCUGGACACACUGGAGCACCACAGCACACCUGUUUUUGGUAAGAGCCCCAGGCAACCUCCUCUAUUAUUCACUCCCUCUCUCUUCACCUCAGAGCUCUCAGGGCUCUCUGCCUUGCUCUGCCUGCCAGCCAAAGACAUGCGGUAAAAUACUGAACUGAAGCUCUGAACUGGGGAGGAAUAACCAGUGAGUGAAAAAAGCAAAGAGAUUCAGAGCGCUGAAUAAGUAAAGAUGGAUAAAUAUAACGUUUUUUUAACAGUGGUUGAAUGAAGUUAAAAUAUGUGAUAUUAUCCUCUGCUUAUGUAUCCACAGCUUUCCAGAAGGGCAUACCUCUAGUUUUAUGAUUAUGUAGCCUGGUGCCAGAUCUGUUUGUGCUAUAGCUAACUCCUAUGGCCAGUUUCAACCAAUAGAGUUGGCUUUACAGCUCAAACCAAUCUGGGCCAAAGGUAAUGAUUAUGAGCUCCUUCACUCCCACAUACUCCCACACACUCCCAACCCUCUCACAUCAUAUGUAUGGUACCUUUCCCCAAUCAUAGACAGUGUUCUGAGCGAGACCCUGCGUCUGACCGCUGCUGCCCUCAUCACCAGAGAGGUGAUCCAGGACACGACCCUUCGUCUGGCCAGUGGACAGGAGUACCACCUCAGACAGGGGGACAGGGUGUGUCUGUUCCCCUUCCUCAGCCCGCAGAUGGACCCUCAGAUACACCACAACCCACAGGUAAUACAGCACAAUACUGUUACCUGACAAAGACCCAGUUGGUGUUGAAAUAUUGUCAUAAUAAUCUAAGCACCUGGGAGCAUACCAGUGUACAGAUGUAUUUUAGUUUUACAUUACUAUUCAGUCUAAUCCAGCACCUGCUAAUACAAUGACUCUAAUACAAUGACUCUGCAUGACAGUGUCUUUAACCUUAACCUCCUAGGUGGAACAGAGAGUCCUUCAUUUAAAAAUACCUUUUAAUUAUUCCCUAGUGUGAUGGCAGAAGCCAGCCGAGCGUGUCUACACAGUGUGUGUGUGCACGCGUGCAUACGUGUGUGUGCGUAUGUGCAUACAUGCGUGUGUAUGUGCGUGUGUACAUGUGUGCGUGCAUGUGUGUGUAUAUGAGUGUGUGUGUGUGUGUGUGUGUGCGUGCAUACCUGUGGGGUGGGGAUGAUGCAGCAUCACUGUACCACUCACUGUACUGUAGUAUCUCUGUGUCAUCACAGCACUGUACCACUCACUGUACUGUAGCAUCUCUGUGUCAUCACAGCACUGUACCACUCACUGUACUGUAGCAUCUCUGUGUCAUCACAGCACUGUACCACUCACUGUACUGUAGCAUCUCUGUGUCAUCACAGCACUGUACCACUCACUGUACUGUAGCAUCUCUGUGUCAUCACAGCACUGUACCACUCACUGUACUGUAGCAUCUCUGUGUCAUCACAGCACUGUACCACUCACUGUACUGUAGCAUCUCUGUGUCAUCAUCAUUUUAACUUGUGUUUUCUUUUCUCUGCUUUACAGACAUUUCAAUAUGACCGCUUUCUAAACACAGACGGGACAGAGAAGAAGAAGUUCUAUAAGGAUGGGGAGAGACUGAAAUAUUACACCAUGCUGUGGGGUGCAGACAACAACAUGUGUGUUGGGAGACACUUUGCAGUCAGUGCCAUCAAACAG